AUGCCUCCACCCUUGAUUGCUCUCGAAGAGCAUUUCCUGGCGACCGCUAUCGCCGAAGAUGGCUUGGACAAGUACUCCGAACAGCUUAAGCACGUUCCCGGCAUGAUGGACAAGCUCCUCGACCUCUCUGAUCUACGUAUCUCCCAAAUGGACGAAGGCAAUGUAGCGAUCCAGGUCAUCUCACACUGCGCAGGAGCCAAGACCGUUGCUCAAUGCAUCAAAGCAAACAAUCAACUAGCCACUGCCAUCAUGCAGCAUCCCGAUCGGUUUGCCGGAUUCGCCACUCUUGACGUUGAGAACCCACGAGCUGCCGCGGAGGAACUUCGCAGAUGUAUUACCGACUUGCAAUUCACCGGAGCUCUUAUCGACAAUCACACGCCAGAUGCGACAUAUCUUGACGGACCGGAAUACGACGUUUUGUGGUCAACGGGGCAAGAGCUCGAUGUCCCAAUCUACAUCCAUCCCACUUGGGCCAGCGAUGUGGCUCUGCAGGCUCACUACACCGGGCCAAGCAUUUCGACGGCGGCUAGCAUCAGCAUUGCUCACUCCGCCUUCGGCUGGCAUUCUGAUACAGCUACAUCCUUCCUCCGCCUCUUCGCAGCUGGAGUAUUCGAGCGCUUUCCCAGACUGAAGAUCAUUCUUGGUCAUUUCGGGGAGAUGAUCCCGUUCAUGCUCGAGCGGAUCUGCAAUCUCAGCAGGCGGUGGAGCGUCGGGUUCACGCGGAACUUUGAGACAGUGUGGAGGGAGAACGUCUGGGUGACUACAGCUGGAGUGUGGGGAGUGGCACCCAUGGCGACCCUGCUGAGGAACACUAGUGUGGACAGGAUCAUGUUCAGUGUGGACUAUCCGUUUGCUUCAAGUGCAGAUGGGCUCAAGUGGUGGACGGAGCUCGAACAGAGUGGGCUCCUGGAUGAGGAGGGUCUGAGGAAGAUUGCGUUUGGCAAUGCAGAACGAUUGCUGGGCUUGAAGGCGCGCUGA